CUUGAUUUCAGCAAGGCAUUUGACAAGGUACCCUAUGAUAUUCUUGUAAAGAAGCUGGUAAAAUGCGGUCUUGACUAUGCUACCACUCAGUGGAUUUGUAACUGGCUGACUGAGAGAACCCAAAGGGUGCUCAUCAAUGGUUCCUCUUCAUCCUGGAGAAGAGUGAUUAGUGGGGUGCCACAGGGUUCUGUCUUGGGCCCGGUCUUAUUCAACAUCUUUAUCAACGACUUGGAUGAUGGACUCAAGGGCAUCCUGAUCAAAUUUGCAGAUGACACCAAACUGGGAGGGGUGGCUAACACCCCAGAGGACAGGAUCACACUUCAAAACGACCUUGACAGAUUAGAGAACUGGGCCAAAACAAACAAGAUGAAUUUUAGCAGGGAGAAAUGUAAAGUAUUGCAUUUGGGCAAAAAAAAUGAGAGGCACAAAUACAAGAUAGGUGACACCUGGCUUGAGAGCAGUACAUGUGAAAAGGAUCUAGGAGUCUUGGUUGACCACAAACUUGACAUGAGCCAACAGUGUGACGCGGCGGCUAAAAAAGCCAAUGCAAUUCUGGGCUGGAUCAAUAGGAGUAUAGCAUCUAGAUCAAGGGAAGUAAUAGUGCCACUGUAUUCUGCUCUGGUCAGACCUCACCUGGAGUACUGUGUCCAGUUCUGGGCACCACAGUUCAAGAAGGACACUGACAAACUGGAACGUGUCCAGAGGAGGGCAACCAAAAUGGUCAAAGGCCUGGAAACGAUGCCUUAUGAGGAACGGCUAAGGGAGCUGGGCAUGUUUAGCCUGGAGAAGAGGAGGUUAAGGGGUGAUAUGAUAGCCAUGUUCAAAUAUAUAAAAGGAUGUCACAUAAAGGAGGGAGAAAGGUUGUUUUCUGCUGCUCCAGAGAAGCGGACACAGAGCAAUGGAUCCAAACUACAAGAAAGAAGAUUCCACCUAAACAUUAGGAAGAACUUCCUGACAGUAAGAGCUGUUUGACAGUGGAAUUUGCUGCCAAGGAGUGUGGUGGAGUCUCCUUCUUUGGAGGUCUUUAAGAUUGACAACCAUAUGUCAGGAGUGCUCUGAUGGUGUUUCCUGCUUGGCAGGGGGUUGGACUCGAUGGCCCUUGUGGUCUCUUCCAACUCUAUGAUUCUAUGACUAUGAAGUCAUCUGCAGAUUUAUGUACUAUUAAGUGUAUGAAAUGUACUAUGAAGGACAUAAAAUAUAUACAGUGGUACCUUGGAACUCAAACGGCUUGACUCCCAAACAAAUCGGCUCCCGAACGCCGCAAACCCAGAUGUAAGUAUUCCGAUUUGUGAACGUUUUCCGGAAGCUGAGCGUCCGACACGGCUUCCGAUUGAAUGCAGGAAGCUCCUGCAGCCAAUCAGAAGCUGUGCCUUGGUUUUGAAUGGUUUUGGGAGUCGAACAGACUCCCAGAAUGGAUUAAGUUUGAGAACCAAGGUACCACUGUACUACAAUAAUAAAUACAAACACUUUAUUUAUCACCACCACCAUCCAGACUAAUUUAAAAGAAGGUAUAUUUAAGUACAUCUAACUUGGUACAAUAGCAGAACCGAUUAAAUUUCACUACCUGUUUUGAAGUUUGUAUAUUUGUUUCUGGUGUCCUGAUUUCUUUUUCAGUUUUCCACUGACCGCAGUGAAAGUUCCUUGCUCGGAGGGGUUUUUAUCCACAGCUUCAGAAGUGGACAAGCCCACCCAGAAGAUGGAACCGAUGGACUAUAUGCUUGAGACAACCCCAGAUUAUGAUCCAGCAAAUUAUCCUUCAGUCGAGUCUAAUGUGUGCGAGAUGGGGUCUGUUUCCACAAUUACGAAUAUGUUUACCAGCAUCCUGUAUUCUCUCAUUUUUCUCUUCAGCCUGCUAGGAAACAGCCUUGUCUUGUGCAUCGUAAUGAAAUACGAAAGCCUCACCUCCUUAACAAACCUCUUCAUCGUGAACCUUUGCAUCACUGACUUGACUUUCUCUUGCACGCUCCCUUUCUGGAUUGUGUACAAUUAUUAUGGAUGGAUUUUUGGUGAUUUCCUCUGCAAAGCUGUGACUGCCAUUUUCUCUAUUAGCUACUAUGGUGGUGUCAUCUUCCUGACCAUAAUGACAGUCCUCCGGUACCUGGCUGUGGUGGAUCCCUUGUCAUCACUGAGAACUCAGACGAAAAGGUGCGGAAAACUGUUGAGCUUGGCCAUUUGGGUGUGCAGCGUGUUAGUUGUGGUUCCCGAGAUUAUUUUUACCCGUGUAAUACCUCACAAUGGCGUACAGUACUGCGACUACGAAGGGGAAUCUAUUUGGAAGCUGGUGGAAUUGGGCCAACAAUCUGCCUUCUUCUUAUUUUCCUUCGCGAUCAUUGCAUUUUGUUACAUAAGGAUGCUGAAGAUCCUGCUUCGACAGCGGUCUCAAAGGAGGCACCGGACUGUAAGGCUCAUAUUUGCUAUAGUGCUGGUCUUUUUCCUGAGCUGGGCACCUUAUAACGUGCUUGGUUCUGUGUACGUUUUGUCCUUUCAGCAGUACAUUGUCCUACCCUGCGAACAGUACAGGCAAGUUUUCUUUGCUUUCGACAUCAGCCGCAAAAUAGCCUAUGGCCACUGCUGCCUCAACCCCGUGCUCUACGUCUUUGUCGGAGUGAAAUUCAGAAGGCACCUGAAACUCCUGUACAAGCAUUAUUCCCCUUGCCACAGCAGGAUCCCACCUUCCAGCCCCAGAGCUCAUUCUUUUCACAUGAGCCCCUAUGAUGAUGCAUCAAUGUACUGAAGCAAAGGCCGCCUGAAAAAGGGAGAGUCUAACCCUCCCACCCAGCCUAACAAAUAGAUGAAUGACCACAACAACAACUGUCAAUUUGCAACAUCUUCUUCUUCUUCUCCAGAGGAGGGAAGAGAAUAUCAUGCUUGGAAUUGCUUCUAUUUUGCCAAUAACAUAUAUUGGGGGAUCAGGCUUUUCUCUGUCUUUACCUCUGCUAAAAAUUUCAGAACUAUAAAUAAGAAUCUGUUUCCAUACAGGAUAAAUCAACCAUCUUUUUGUUUUCAAAUAGUCAAAUAUUACUCUAAUCCCUGAAAUGUUUAAAUGAUCCAGGUAUUGUUGUGUGAUAAAUCAAAACUUGAGAUAUUAGUAGCAAGGUGUUUCCAGACAAGGGGGGGGGGCGGUUAAUAUUGUAAAUAUGUCGCUCAGAUAUUGAAUGGGUGUUGCAGCAACAUUUGUUGCUAUUUUUUAACUAAUCGGGGGAUUUUCUCAGAAAGGCUAAAUCCAGGUGAAAUGGUGGUGGGGAGGAGAAGCAGGUUGCCAUUUUGAUGCCAAGGAACCUGCAAAAACUUGCAUACACAAGGAGCUCCCAUCCCACAAUAAACAGCCAUAUGCAAUUGCAUAUUUGACCCAGCAUAGCUACAAACACAUGGAAACUCCCGGACAUGAAUUCAAAUCUUGCAUGCAGAAAUUAGGAGGAGCACAGUUUUGUCUAUGUGCUGUUAUAUGUGGACAAAUUUGAAGGGGAGGUGCUAUAGUUCAGUGGUAGAAGCAGAUAUUUUACAUGCAAUAGGUUUCAUGUUCAGUCCCUGGCUUUUUCAGGCAGGGCUGGUAAGAAGACCACUCUCUGGAGAAGUGCUUUCUGUUAAUGUAGACAAUGCUGAGCUAAAGAGAAAGACUGAAUGUCUGAUUCAGCAUAAGGCAGUUUUUUGUUUUCCAAAUGCAGGCUGAAGUUUUCAUUCAGAGUUAAGAUAAGGGUUUGACCAUGAAGAAAACCAACUACUAAUUUGCAGCACAGUGGUUGAAAUAUGUCCCUCUUUGGGUCCACUUUUUUGUUGUUUAGUCAUUUAGUUGUGUCCGACUCUUUGUGAUCCCAUGGACCAGAGCACACCAGGCACUCCUGUCUUCCACUGCCUCCCACAGUUUGGUCAAACUCAUGCUGGUAGCUUCAAGAACACUGUCCAACCAUCUCGUUCUCUGUCGUCCCCUUCUCCUUGUGCCCUCCAUCUUUCUCAACAUCAGGGUCUUUUCCAGGGAGUCUUCUCCUCUCAUGAGGUGGCCAAAGUAUUGGAGCCUCAGCUUCACGAUCUGUCCUUCCAGUGAGCACUCAGGGCUGAUUUCCUAAAGAAUGGUGGCAAACCUUUCCACAAUAUAACCUCUUAAAACUUGUUUAGUUCUACAGUGAUACAGCAUAUAUAGAGUUGCUACGAAACCUUCAUAUAUAUAUAUUUUAAAAAGAUCUGUACUUUUGCAUUAUGAAUGUCUAAUAAUUGUAGAAAGCUGUUCAGUUCCAAUUUAAGGCAUUUUAACCUUCACAGUUUCCAUAAUGAAAAGGGUUUAAAAUGCAUACUCCAUAAGUACAAUGAAGAAGUAAGUGAAAAUAGCAUUAUUUUCAAAAUUGCAUUGUUUUGGUUUUUUUGCUGUUCCUAAUAAAGUGUUUUUG